CAAUGAUAUCUCAUUUUCUCGGCGUCCAAACAGCCAUUCCUCCGGGAAAAUUUUGAAAUCGGAGAGAGUAUAUUCACUUUCUGUAAAGGGAGAGAAUAUUAGAUUUCCUGCCGAAACCAACGGUUCCGAGCUUUUCUGUUCAAUUGCAUCGAACUCGAAUCCGAAAAUGUACUUAACAUUUCAGAUCUGAACUGACAUUCGGGAAUUCUUUCCUCUUUCGGAAGCUUCUCUCGCCGCCAUGAUCGAUCUUGAUCUCUGGAAUUGCGGAGAUUCUGGAUUGAUGCUAGGCUUUACUCUCUGAAUAUAUCGAAAUCUCACCACAAGACUGGAUUUUGAGGAUCUUUAGCUUCUGGGUUUUGCCCAAGUGUCAACAAUGGUGUUUUGGGAAGGAUAUGUAAGCGAUGAAACUAUGGGGACAUUUGCCCCUAUCAUAGUAUACUGGUUGUAUGGCGGGUUUUAUCAGCUAUUACCAUCUCUGGAUAAGUACAGGCUUCACACCAAGAAGGAAGAGAAGGAGAAGAAUUUGGUUCCUCUCUGUUCUGUGGUCAAGGGUGUGUUGCUUCAACAGCUCGUUCAAGCUACUGUUGCCCAAGGCCUCUUCCUGUUCACAUCAGCACAAACAUCAGGGAAAGUAGAACAGCCAUCUAUUCUUGCUCAAAUCUUGCAGAUAAUCGUAGCAAUGUUUGUCAUGGAUACCUGGCAGUACUUUGUCCAUCGGUACAUGCACCAGAACAAGUUUCUCUACCGUCAUAUCCAUUCCCAGCAUCAUAGGCUAGUCGUUCCUUACGCAGUUGGCGCCCUUUACAAUCAUCCCCUCGAAGGUCUCCUUCUGGACACAUUUGGUGGAGCAAUUUCAUUCCUCAUCUCGGGAAUGACAGCAAGAACGGCUGUUAUCUUCUUCUGCUUUGCUGUGAUAAAAACAGUCGAUGAUCAUUGUGGACUGUGGUUGCCGGGCAACAUCUUUCACCUUUUCUUUCACAACAACAGUGCCUACCAUGACAUCCACCAUCAGCUUCAGGGCACUAAGUAUAACUACUCUCAGCCGUUCUUCUCAAUAUGGGACCGGCUUCUUGGAACCCACAUGCCGUAUGAUCUGCUGAAGCGGCCUGAUGGAGGUUUUGAGGCUAGGUUGAAGAAAGAGUAGCCAAAGUUGUUUAAAAGCCAAGUAAUUCCACUCUUGCUUCAGCUGACCAGUUCUCUAUCGACAGAGAGAUGGUUCAACCCAGAAGUGUGUUUUUGCCUGAACUUAGGCUUCAUAUCCGAGGUUGGUGUUUCAUCUGACUCUUUCUUGUGCCCAGUAAGGAAGAGGACCAGAUGAUUUGUUUGUUCACUCACUGCUAGGCUAUUAUUGUGCCAACCUCACCAUUUGCCUUGUUGUUUUAUGCCACUUGGGGUUGUCCGCACUGUGCAAUAUUUUGCUUGAAGUGUCAAGAGUUAUGCUUGAGACACAUUUAUUGAAUUUGUUCUAGGGCUUGUCCGAGUGUGUAUUGAGGAAUACACGCGAUUUGUAGCCGAAGUUGUUUCUGAAGUGUGUUUAUUCGUCA